GCACUUAUCUCUUUCCAUCCAUUUAUGAUAAACGAUCGCCCAUACCAUCCCCAGCACUUUCAAAGUUAGUUGAGGAUCCUGUCAAUUCCAAGCUCAUUGCCUCGAUCAUAACAACUCAACAACAUACACUCAUCGAGCCUACACCUUUCUCUAUCUCUAUAACAAAACGAGACACCCUGUUUUACAGCCAACUACAACACAUUAUCCACAAUGGCCAUCCGAGAGCACUUCCGCCGCGCUGUGCGCUCCGACGCUUCAAGCACAAAUAUCGUCGAGGCCAACACCCCAGGAAAGAUCACAGCUACCAUGACCAAGUCCAGCCAAAACAGUGACAAGUCCGUCUCAUCAUCAAAAUCAUCACUCGUCAACAAGCUGUCCCGUACCUGGACGUGGGGGUCUAAGGACAAGGAUGCCACCAAGGAGCGCAAGACCAAGAACAAGAAGGGAAAGAAGAUCACCCACCCUAGCGAGAAGCCGAUGACCGCACAGAAUCUCCAGCACCAGGAGAUGCUCUCUCACUUCGACUUCACCUUUGGCGCCUCUUGUCCUGAACAAAUCGAGGAGGACAAUUUCAUUGGCAUCAGCCCUUGCUGCACCAGAGCCCCCAGUGUCGUUGACUUUUCACUGGAAGGCGACAGCGAAAGCGAUGAUCAGACUUCUUCCUCGUCUUCCUCCGUCAAAUCAUCGUAGUCCAUUUCCUGAAAUGGCAAGGUCAGUGAUAAUGGAUGGGCGGGCAUGCGGGCUCGCCGAUUGUCGAUAGCGGCGAAACUUGGAAGAGUUCUAGAACACCAGUUUCAAUGCCUGCCACCAAAAGCCCCGCAACGUUACUCAGGCACACCAAAUCACCUCCCUUA